AUUUAUGUUUAGGAUCUCUUUCACCAUCGUUCGUGGUUUAGUGGUUAACAAGGCAUGAAGAGAUUGGUGGCUGAAGAGGAAGGAGGAGAAAUGGAGAGCAUCAAAAACAUGGCUCGCGCACUGAUGCUUCGGUCUCACGGCGACGCCGACGUGUCGUCGGGGUCGCCGCCGGCCCGUGUCUUCGAGUGCAAGACGUGCAGCCGGCAGUUCCCGUCGUUCCAGGCGUUGGGAGGCCACCGGGCGAGCCACAAGAAGCCGAAGCUCGCCGAGGACGGCCGCGGCCAUGGCGAGGCCGCCAAGCCGAGGGUGCACGAGUGCGCCAUCUGCGGGCUCGAGUUCGCCAUCGGCCAGGCCUUAGGCGGUCACAUGCGGCGCCACCGAGCCGCCACCGACGCCUUCGCGCAGGGAAGUCCGGAGAGGAAGGCGGGCGAGGAGAAGAAGAGGGUCAUAAGGAUCUUUGGGUUCGAGCUUGUGGAUUCGACUCCCAGUGGUGGUGGUGGAUUGCUUCCAUUGAUGGAUACCAUCACCUUUUGAUCCUUAUUUAGAUAUACAUAAUCUGAUUUUAUUUAUAUACUGUACACACAAAAUCGUGAAAAUUGAUUGGGUUGUAAAGAAAUUAUCUUUGGGCCAAAAAUUUUAAUUUUGUGUUAUAUGAUUCCAGCUGAGAAUUUCUAGCUA